AUGCCCUCCACACUUGACGAAGACAACUCGAUCAUUCAUUGUGAUCAGUUGCUGAAAGAGUAUCUUGUCUGGCGAGGUUUCAAUAGAACCCUCACCAAUUUUGAAAUGGACCGUAAAAUGGACAAGAACAAGGCUUUUCAAACCGAGAAGAUUGUCGAACAAUUAUUUCAAUAUAUUCGUAAUUACGAAAUUCAUGCGUUUAUGGAUUAUUGGGGAUAUUUAGAAAAACAAUUCUUCUCAAAAUUAUACGAGUCAUCGGGUUUUUAUAAUAAGCCUUCAUCAUCAUCAACAGGCCAUAGUAAUUUAUCUUCAUCAUCAUCAACAAAUAAUUUCGGAGGAGAUGGUGGAGAUCCUUCAAACACCUCUUCCAUCAUUCAGAACAAUUCAUCAUCCGCUAGCUCUGUCAGUACCAGUAGCAGUACUCAUCUCGAUUCACAAAGCACCAGUAAUACCACUGAUUCUUUGUCUCCCUCUUCUUCGGCCCUUCCAACAUCAUCCACAACGAAUGCUAACAAUCAUACGAAACAAUCUCUUAAAAAGUAUUACGUGGUCCAUUGUGCACAGAAUAGAAGAAUUAGGGAGUGUAGAGAGUUUUUCGAAAGAUACGGUCCAGAACUUAUUCAAGAGCAAGAAUGGACCAAGUGGUUUGCACUACCGUAUCUACUUACUCCCUAUAGUGAGAGGAGUAUUGUGACAGCUUCAACACCUCGAGGCGGUGCAAUUUCUGAUGGUGGUAGUACUGACUUGUCCUCACAUGCUGGAACGUUAGAGAGAGAAAGAAGAGAGUCCAAUGCUUCCUCUUCUUCUGCCAUUGUGGGGCAGAAUUUUAGCGUGUUAAGCAUUGUGGAGCAAUGCGUGCCAGAAUUGGAGCCUUAUUUUCACAACAAAUGGGCUGAAAUGCUAUAUGUGAGUGUACAAAAUUUUGUCGCCACUGCUGUCAUGUCUGUAGAGAAACCAACUUUAUUAUUGAUGGAAUCUGAAAAAAGAGAUCGAUUGAAUGUUCUCAAGAAGAAGUUGGACGUUCUUAUCAGUGAAAAUGAAACAUUGAAAAGCAAAUUACUGGCUGCAGAGGCAUACAUUUCAAAACUUGAAACUGAAGUUGGAAUACGAAGAGAAGGAAAUAUUUCACACAGCGAUUCUCCUGUUGGAAACGUUGAUUCAUCAUCAACUGACAAUCAUUCUCGUCACCACAACGAGCAGCAAACUCCGAACAAGAGAAUACCGUCUUCACACUCAUUUUCCUCACUUAUCAUGCCUUCAUCAGCCAGACAGAGUGCAUCAAACACUACCACUACCCCUUCUCAAAAAGGUUCCAUCUCUCCUAAUUCUCCAAGUACUGUCUCUUCAUCAAAUGCAAGCAACAGCACACCAACCGAUCAAGGUGAUUACAUUACAUCACUUAAAUUCUCUUUUGACGGAAAAUAUUUGGCAUCUAGCUCCAAAGAUAACACUGUUAGAAUUUGGUCUCUAUUGGCUAAUAAGGAAUCUGGAAACACGACAUCUUUUGGAUCCAUACAGACGUAUGAAUGUGGAACUAAAGCCAUGUGUAUUGAUUGGUGGUCAACAUCCAAUGGAAAAAGAGGAUCUUCAUCAGGUUAUAAUAACGUUAUUGUGUGUGGAUUAAACAACAGAAAGGUGAAAAUAUUAGACUUGGAUAAGAGAAAAUGUACUGCAGAAUUUUGUACAGAAAUUUUCUAUCCACGCGUGAAUGCUAUUGCAUGCUGUGGCUCUUCAAUUAGAAAUUCUGAUUAUUGUGUAGUGAGCUGUUCCAGCUAUCAAAAAUCCGAUUCCAGUUCUGCAUCCUCUGGUACACCACAAAAUAUUGGAAACUCUUCUCCAAGCAGUUUAUCAGGAAUGCUUCUUGGAUAUAACUUGAAUCAGUUGAAAUUAGAAAACAAAUACCUUAUCCAACCUAAAAAUUUGCCAAUCCUUGACAUCAAAUUUAAUCAUAACGGGACCAUGCUUGUAACUGCUGGAUCUGAUGGUUAUAUACAAAAUCCAGUUGGUUUUGGCUCAGAAAAGCAAAAUUCCAAUUGGAUCAACACCAAGAUUAGUCUUUGCUCUACAAGCGAACGAAUGUUUGUCCUUAAUUAUCCUGGAACAGUGUUCUCUCUACUCCACAACAGUCCAACACAUUGCCUAAUGACAAAAGAUUUUUAUUCCAAUGCCUCCACCAAUACCUCAUCCACUACCUCUGUUUCAGCAAGUGACUUCUCACCCAUGACCAAUGUAGAUUGGUUUAAUGCUGCAUUUGGUGGCUCUUCAGGUAGCAAUUAUCAAUACCUCAACUGGAUUGCUGCCUCACAUGGAGUGAACAACAACAUUUAUUUGUAUAAUAUGGACUUGACAUAA